UGAACGGAUAACAAAUAUUGAAACUUAGCGAGAAUGAUUCGAGCAGCUAGUCAAUCGCUGGCUAUGUAUCGAUUAAAAAUGGUGCAACAAAUGUUGGUAUUGAUGAUGUUAGUUGUCUCUGGAGUAAAUGCAGGGAAAUGCGUAAUUGGUAAUACCUUCCAAAAUUUUAACGAGUACACCCAUACGUGUUGUGAUGGGGUUAUCUAUCAAAAACCCAUGGACGGAACUACCAACAUAUGCUGUGGCCAAGAGUAUCUCAGUACACAUGCCUUUAAGUGCUGUAAUGAAUUAAGGAGGCCGGUAUCUUCACCAGACAUGUGCUGCGGUUUACAUUGGUACAACCCUGAAACACACGGUUGCUGUAACAACAAAGUUUAUGACAAACGAACAGGUAAAUCGCUCGGAAUCUCUGUACUUUGAAAUGGUUUGCUUGUUUAGGUGCCUAUCUUCAA